AAACAUUGAUAAUCUGGCCUGCAUUUUGCUUUGUUGAUCUUUCCAGGCCUGUCCAUUCUUGAACUGUGCCUGAUAAUUGCCAUGAAACACUUGAAUGACAUCUAUGAAGGAGAGCCGUUUUUAACUUCCAGAUGGUUCACAAUGAGUUCAAGAAAUUCCUGCAGAGGAAAUCCCAUUCUAUACAUAACUUUGACAAGCCAGUCGUCAUAAAGGCGUUUGAACACCUGCAGCAGUUGGAGCUGAUUAAGUCUAUGGACAGCUCCACAGCAAAGAUCCAGAAGGAGUACCAGCUGAUGAAACUUUUGUUGGACCACAGCCAGAUCAUGGAGGCCCUGCAGAAAUACCCACAAUGCCCCACAGAUGUUAAACAGUGGGCCAUGUCUGCUUUUGGUUAAAGGUACAUAUUCUUCUAUAUUGUGUCCAGUGGGGCAGUUCUGAAAGAUAUGGGACUGUGGCCUGGACCCUGUCCUCAGGGAUAGACAAUGAAUGACCUAACAAAUGUUUCUGCCAUGUGUUCAUUCCUUGUGUGUAAAUGUAAAUAUUUGGCUGUACUUAUUGAAUAAAGUCAUGCAAUUUUU